AGCUACAUGUGACGUCGAUUCAACGCGGCUCGAGCCAAACACCAAAACACCAAAGAUCCAAUUGCAAUUAAACUCAAAUACGAAUACCCCUGAUCAUGUCCGGAGGAAACGCGUUGUACGCGGAUGCUUUCCUGACGAAUGUACCACCAACCUCUGCGACGGCAUUGUUGAGGGAUAGGUUACGGAAGGCGAGUGCUGUCAAUGAUGAAGUUGCCGAAUGGUUUCGAGAACGUGCGAUGAUCGAGGAGACGUAUGCGAAGAGCUUGUCGAAGCUCGCAGCCAAGCCGUUACCCAAUAUCGAUGCGCUAGGGGUCUUCGGUUCAGCAUGGGUACAAGUCGCCGGCGCAGCGGAGGGAAACGCGAAUGCUCACCAUAGACUCGCACGGAAGUUAGACGAGACAAUCGGACACCCAUUGAAAAACUACUCCGACCGCGAUCCGCAGUGGUCCGAGAUCAAGCGGAUUGAGCUAACGCUCACCGCAUGUCUCCGCGAUAUCGAAGCAGCUGAAUCCAGUCUCGCAAAGGCCUCUAAGAAGAAGAAGAGUAACGGAAAAGCAGCGGAUGCGCAAUCACAGAUGGUUCAGGCACGUCAGACGUGGGAAUCUACGGCGCCUAUGGCACUGGAGAAGUUCCAGGCCGUGGAUGGAGCUCGGUUGGCGAAUAUUCAGAAUUUGUUGGUGCAGUAUCAGACGCUUGAGGCGGAGGUCGCGCAGGAGACGAUGCGGUUAACAGAGAGCGUGACGAAUGUUGUACUCAGCAUUGAUGCGGAGGAUGAGAUCACGGCCUUUGCAGCUAAGCAAGGCUUCGGCUCCGGUGCUUCAGGCGCGAUGCCCAGACAAGGCGUUACCCGAGGCCAAAGCUUCGAUGAUGGAAGCAGUAUGCAUUCUACGGGCUCAUCGUCGAAAGGUGGUCUCAAGAGCAGGUUCGGCACGAUGUUGAGAGGAAAGAAGAGUCUGAAUUUCAGUGGAUCUACGUCGCCGAAGAAGCCUGCAACGCCUACUACACCGAGGCGGGAAUCGUACUUCCCUACAGAGCAGAGACCUAGUACGGGAUCUUCGCAGGGAUAUGCUAGGCCGCCAACAACUGGGACGCCCACAAUUGAGGAGGAGCGUGAGGGUGAGAGUACAUCGCCGCAAUUCACCGAGAAUGCGCCUGCACCUCCGCUCGUACCUGUUUCUGUGCCCGCUCCGGUUCAGACUUAUCAGGCACCUCCUAGCUUUCCUCAGGACGCCCCAAGGGCACUCGAGGAGCCUCUGCAGCCUCGUGUUGAUGCAGAGGGAUACUCCAUUGCGCCUCCAGCGCCUACUCUCAUCUCCGACACCAUUGCCGAAGAGGAAACAGACUCUAUCGCCGAGCUUCAACCCGCUAUCCAAGUCCAAAUCUCCCAGAAUGCGAUUCGCUCGGAAAACACAGGUGAAGAUACUGCGGCAUUGUCGAGGGUUACCUCUGCACUCCGAGCUCAGCCCACUGUUUCGAGACGCGGUGGUCGCGGCAGGAGGGAGGUCCGGAAUACAAUGUUCGUUCCUGGACCUUCGCUCAGUCCUGAUUUGACGGGUGGUUCUGUGACGGGUGGUGCCUUGCCUAGCCCCGGUAUCCAUGGCCGUUUGAUUUCCGAUGAUCAGCAAUCCAUUCGGUCCAGUAGAUCUGCGGGCAGCUCGGCGCCUGGCACGGCUGCGACUAGGCAUCCUGAAUUGACUGGUCCUGGACUCAAUGCCUCCAUCAUCGAGACAGUCAGUGCGAGGAUGCAGCAAGGUCAACCCACGAAUGUAAACGUUUUGGGUGAGAUCGCGCUGGCGUAUAGCGGCCAAGAACAGCGUGUCACCAUCAACCUUGAUCAGUUCCAGACAUUGGAGAAGGUUGCACCAAACCCGGCGUUCAUGAAGGAUAUAGCCGACAAGCCUGGAGAGUACCACGUCGCCCUCACACCAAUUCAAUCUCGGGCAACGAUUGCGUUGAAGUAUCAGGCUCAUGUUGAUGAGGCUAAUAUGUCUACGUUCUUGCCUAUUAUUGUUACUCCGAUGUGGAAACACAAGGAGGGACAGAGUUUAUUGAUUGUCACGUACCAAGUGAACCCUAUGUUCAAGCGUAUGGGCAACGCUGUCAAAGUCCAGGACUUGGUGUUCUUUGCGGGUGUUGAGGGUGUCCAGGCGAGUUCGUGUGAUUGUAAGCCGCCCAUUGCUGCGUUCAGUACGGAGCGUCAGUUGGCUGCCAUGAAGGUCGGUGAUGUCACGCUGGAGCAUGGUCAGGAGGAGAAGAUCCUGGUUAGGUUCGUCACCCAGGGUGUCGCGACGGCAAGUAAGCCUGUCGAGGCACGGUGGAAGAUGCAGGCCGAGGAAAGUGUCACGGGGCUUGGCGUGAAGCUCGUUGGAUCGCGGGCGAGCAGUGAGGAGGAUAGAGAUCCCUUUGCUGAUGAGGGGUCGGUUACGAUGAAGGGGAAUGUCGCGGCGGAACUUGUUGAUGUGCAGACUGUACGGAUGCUUCAAAGUGGGAAGGCUUGGCGUGAAGCUCGUUGGAUCGCGGGCGAGCAGUGAGGAGGAUAGAGAUCCCUUUGCUGAUGAGGGGUCGGUUACGAUGAAGGGGAAUGUCGCGGCGGAACUUGUUGAUGUGCAGACUGUACGGAUGCUUCAAAGUGGGA